AUGGCCAAUUUUACAGAAACCAACAGGAAGUACUUCGAUCAGAUGGCUACUUCCUACCAGAAUCGGUUUGCCAAUGCCAUAAAGACGUUGACCGAGCAGGCCCAACAACACCGGCUCUGGCUCAGUGACCGGUGGAUCGAUACAGAUGCAGGCAAGGGCCAGGAAAUCAAAAUGCUCGAAUAUGCCUGCGGGCCUGGAGCAGUGUCAAUGGCACUUGCUCCGUUCCUGACCAAAGUCAUUGGGAUAGAUCUCAGCGACAACAUGAUUGAUGAAUACAACCGCAAUGCUACUGCAGUGGGGUUCUCCAACAAAGUCACUGGAUACAAAGCCGACCUCCUGGGAGAGUCUGUGGCUGCCCAGUUUUCGGGUCCUGAGUUUAUCGAUUUCGAUGUUCUAACCGUGAGCAUGGCUUUGCACCAUUUCGAGCAUCCGGAUCAAGCCCUGAAGCGGCUUGCAUCGCGGGUUAAGAAGGGUGGUGUAUGCUUGAUCAUUGAUUUCGUUCCGCAUACUCCACAUGCCCACGGGCACGGUCAUGGUCAUGGUCAUGGACGAGAGGGCCAUGAUUUCGGCGAUGCUUCUGCCACUGUCAUGACGCACGGCUUCUCGCGAGAGGACAUGCAGAAGUUAUUCGAGGGAGCGGGUUUGGGUGCUCGGUUUGAGUAUGAAAUCCUCUCGGAGCCGCUCGUCUUCACCAAGGAAGACAAAACCAUUUCCAAGACGGCCUUUAUUGCGCGUGCCCAGCGUGCAUAG